CUUGAUCACCGUCCACGAUUAAAUCAAGUCGCCUAGAACCAUAGCUACCUCCCUACCUACUUACGAAUUCAUUGAACUCCAACAGUCAACACUGUCAAGUCAAUCUCAACAUGGCAACUGAGGAAACAGUAAACCUCGGGGCCCCGCACGAGCCCAAGGAAGAGGCGAUCAAUGUUUUCAGGGACAUCCAGCACGAGUUGAAGAAGCAGCUUGUGCAUUCCCGCCACCAGUACAAUACAUCCGCGGCGAUGACAGAGCACGAACCCGAGUAUUUUGCUGCAGUCCAACACCUCGAUGACUCCGAGCUUGCGGGCUUCACUGCCGAGGACUUCCAACUAGUUCGUGUUGCAGUAUCUGCUUAUGGAAUUCACUUGUUUGGGAAGGUGCGCAUCCCGGCCCUAGAUGAAGAAGGCCCUGCCUACAUUCACUUUCGGGCCUUCACUGGUGGUCCCGAACAUGAGUCGAAACUCCACGGUCUCCAUACAGAGGACAGGGUUGAGCAAGAUGGAGGACACACUUACCGAGCGGUAUUCACAAAGAAUGACCCCCUGGAGUGGUUCAACACAUAAGGUGUUUUGUACCUAAAUAAACUCUUCCAUGUCUCGGAUUACGGGCUCCCAGAAGUUAGAACCACCCCUUGCACAUACAACAAACUCAUCGCUGUUUUGCGCACUUGACUCGCAACCCUAUCUAUCAGAU